UCCUAUUUAAAAUAAAAUACAGAAUUAAGAAACGGCAUGCAAAUUUGAUUUGAUGUCCUCUUACUUUUAUUUGUAUUUUUUGACUAAUGAAGUAAACUGACGUUUAAAUUUUCCAUCUUCUCCAGAAUUUUCUAAUAAACACUCACUUUCCUAAAUUUUUCUUGUUUCUCUUUUGAACUUCAUUUUUAAAGUUCCAAAAGAAGCUUCGUUUUGAAGAAGUUACUUGAGUUCAAAAAAAAAAUCGUUUUCAGGCGUUUGAUUUUGUCGAUGGAGUACGGUGGUUGUGCGGGGCUCGUCGGAGCUGAGAUUCAUGGAUUUCAUACAUUGCAAGAUUUGGAUGUUAAAAACAUGUUGGAAGAAGCCAAGUCAAGAUGGUUACGCCCAAAUGAGAUUCAUGCUAUACUGUGCAACCAUAGAUAUUUCUCCAUUCAAGCGAAGCCAGUGAACAUGCCAAAAAGUGGUACUAUUGUAUUGUUUGAUCGAAAGAUGCUGAGGAACUUUCGAAAAGAUGGUUAUAAUUGGAAAAAGAAAAAGGAUGGGAAGACUAUUAAAGAAGCUCAUGAACACUUAAAAGUUGGUGAUAAAGAAAGGAUUCAUGUAUAUUAUGCACAUGGUGAAGAUAACUCAACUUUUGUUCGCAGGUGUUAUUGGCUGCUAGAUAAGUCUUUGGAGCAAAUAGUUCUUGUUCAUUAUCGUGAAACAAAGGAGGUUUCACUAGCCACACACUCAAAUUCAAGUUCGUUAACAGAUCAGUCUACUCCUUUGCUUGUUACAGAAGAGUUUGAUUCGGGAAUUGCUAAUACAUAUUCUGAAGAACCAGGUGAGAGUGUUAAUGUUAGGAAUCAUGAAAUGAAGCUUCUUGAGAUUAAUACACUUGAAUGGGAUGAUCUUCUGGUGACAAAUGGUGCUAAUGAUUCGAUUGCAUCUAGAGGAGACAAUGUUUCUUGCUUUGACCAACAGAACCAAAUGGCAGUAAAUGGCUUCUCAAAUUAUGGUGGCCUUAUCUCUGCUCAUAAUUUAUCAACAGAAACCUCUUUGCUCGUUAAUUCAAUUGCACCGGUUGCUCAAAGUAAUAAUGCUUACCUUGGCACCACGGGGGGUGUUUGUAAUCAGAUAUCAGGGGGCCAAGUAAAUACUACCAGUCAGUUGAAAGACUCUUGUGCCUUAGGGACAGGUGAUUCGCUGGACUUUUUGGUCAAUGAUGGUUUACAAAGUCAGGACAGUUUUGGAAAGUGGAUUAACGACUUUAUCACUGAACCCCUAGGUUCAGUAGGUGACUCUGUGCUAGAAUUGUCGUCUUCAUCUGCUAAUGAUUCAUUCACCUCUCCGGAGCAAAUAUUUAGCAUAACUGAAGUCUCACCAGAAUGGGCCUAUUCAACUGAAAAGACAAAGAUUUUAGUCAUUGGAGUCUUUCAUCAAGCUUAUCAACAUCUUGCUAAAUCCACUUUGUUUUGUGUAUGUGGUGAUGUGUGUACCCCAGCAGAAAUUGUUCAGGUCGGGGUUUAUCGCUGUUUGUUAUCUCAGCAUUCCCCGGGACUAGCGAACCUGUAUAUGAGCCUUGAUGGCCAUAAACCCAUCAGCCAAGUGCUUGGUUUUGAGUAUUGUACUCCUUUAUCGCAUGACCCGAUAGUUCCUACGGAAGAUGAGUCCAGGCGGGAGGAGUUCCACUUGCAGAUGAGGCUUGCUUAUUUGCUCUUCUCUACUUCCAACAGCCUCGACAUUUUGUUGGGUAAUAAAGUAUCACCAAAUACCCUGAAAGGGGUUAAGAAGUUUGCCCAAAAAACUUCUAACAUGUCUGAUUGUUGGAAAUAUUUGAUGAAGUCAUUUGAAGAAAACCGGGUUUCAUCUACACAAGCAAAAGAUAGUUUACUUGAAAUUGCUUUGAAAAACAGGCUAAGAGACUGGUUGUUGGAAAGAAUAAUCGAAGGUGGUAGAACAAACGAACAUGAUACUCGAGGUCAAGGAGUUCUUCAUUUGUGUGCCAUUCUUGGUUAUACUUGGGCUAUGUAUCUGUAUUCAUGGUCUGGUCUCUCGCUGGAUUUUCGUGAUAAACAUGGAUGGACAGCUCUUCAUUGGGCAGCAUUUUAUGGGCGGGAAAAAAUGGUUGCUGUUCUUUUAUCUGCAGGGGCAAAGCCAAACUUGGUGACAGACCCCACCACCCGGAAUCCAAAUGGUUACACUGCUGCUGAUCUUGCAUCUUUGAAGGGUUACGAGGGGCUAGCCGCUUAUCUUUCGGAAGAGGCUCUAGUAGCACAUUUCAAUGAUAUGGCCGUAGCAGGAAACGCUAGUGGUUCUCUGCAAACCAGUAGAACAGAGGCAACAAACUUUGAGAACCUUAAUGAAGAUGAACUAUAUUUGAAAGAAUCUUUAGCAGCUUAUAGAACAGCUGCUGAUGCAGCUUCACGGAUACAGACUGCAUUUAGGGUGCAUUCCUUGAAAUUACGAACUAAAGCAAUUGAGUCUUCCCAUCCAGAGGAUGAAACACGGAAUAUAGUUGCUGCUAUGAAGAUUCAACAUGCCUUUCGCAACUAUGGGAUUAAGAAAAAGAUGACAGCUGCUGCCCGUAUCCAAUACAGUUUCCUUACUUGGAAAAUGCGUAAAGAUUUCCUUAAUAUGCGCCGCCAGGCUAUCAAAAUCCAAGCUGUUUUUCGGGGCUUCCAAGUAAGGAGACAAUACCGUAAGAUUCUGUGGUCAGUUGGUGUGCUUGAGAAAGCAAUUCUGCGAUGGCGGUUUAAGAGAAAAGGUCUUCGUGGAUUACAAAUUAACAAAGCUGAAGAAGUCGCACAGCGAAGCCAAGAGAGUGACACAGAAGAGGACUUCUUCAGAGAUGGUAGAAAACAAGCUGAAGAACGCGUAGUAAAAGCUGUUGUGCGAGUUCAAACUUUGUUCCGUUCAAAGAAAGCACAGCAGGAAUACCGGAGAAUGAAGUUGGCUCAUGAUAUAGCAAAGUUGGAAUAUGAAAACCUACUUGGCCUUCCUUCGGAUAUGGAUGCUUGCAGACACUGAAGCUCAUAAUGAUCAUUCAAAGUAGAAGAGUGACCCUAGGGAGCUACAUAUUUGUAAAUGCAACCAUUUUCUAGUCCCCUUCUCACUGUUUUAAGAUUUUGAGGGGAGAAGCUAAGUUAACAUGGGUCCUUUAGUUUUUUUUUUUUUUUCAUUUCGGUUUCGAUCCGUUCAAUUGAAUCCGUGCUUCGAGUGUAAGACCUAGGUGAAACUUGUAUGUAGGGUAUUAAGCCGAUCUCUGUCCCGGUGUAUGUGCCAUUCAGAAUUAAGAUUAGGUUAUUAAGAAUUUUGAUUUCCAAA